UGACCAACAGAAUGCCCGCCACUAACGUACUGACGGUCGCAAAAAAUGAACAGUAGUUAGGUUUUAUUUUUUAACAGUAACUAGCUAGCUAUUUUACAAACAGGAAAACAAUACUUAUUUUUUAACUCACUUGUUCCAUGGCUUAAAAUCCAUUAUACCGGACAAAUCAGCUGUGGACGACAAUACACACUGUUGAGGGCUGCUUUGGUCCAGAGUUGACUUACACUUUUGGAUACAUGACGAGAAUCUGAAAGAUGACGACCGAGACCCAUGUCAAGGACAUCAAGCCAGGACUCAAGAAUCUCAGUGUUAUCUUCAUCGUACUCGAAACAGGACGAGUGACAAAGACAAAGGAUGGGUAUGAGGUGCGGACCUGUAAGGUGGCCGACAAGACAGGCAGCAUUAGCAUCUCAGUUUGUGAUGAGGUGGGGGGACUGAUCCAAACCGGUGACAUCAUCAGACUCACUAAGGGAUAUGCGUCUGUGUUCAAAGGUUGCCUGACUCUGUACACGGGUAGAGGUGGAGAGCUGUCGAAGAUUGGAGAGUUCUGCAUGGUGUAUUCAGAGGUGCCAAACUUCAGUGAGCCUAACCCAGAGUACUCUAACAUGGACCAGAUGAAAAACAAGACUGUAGUCGGUGACCAAGGAAACAUACUGAAUAACAGCUCAGCUGGAAAUGAAACUACCAAUGGGAACGGUGUAAAUUCCCAAGGUUCCGGGAGCUCGACUAAUCCUCAACAGGGAGGGCGGGCUGGCAGUGAUGUUGGCAGCAGAGCAGCCAAUCCAGGAGCAGGAGGGACAGCUGUCAGUAAUGGAAAGGAGACUAGACGUUCAGCAAAAAGAUGAUUGGAGCAGAAGGAAGGAAAGUCCAUCCCUCUCCAUAAAUGUCAAAUGAUGAGAGACUAAUGCUGCGUUCGAAGUGGAAAUUUGCCACCAUAGAGUUAGAUAGGACUCUAAAUGGAUAAAACCAAUUUUGGCAUGAACCUUGCUAUUGAGGGCUUCACCAUUUGAAAGUAGUCAACUGGGUGGGACUUCCUAUGGGUAAGGAAGCAUCACAUGAAGGAUGAUAGACAAGUUUUUCACUAGUAAUUACCAGCUGGAGGGCUGUUCAAAUGUAUUUUCCCAGUCGUAUGUGGUAAACGUUAAGAAAUUGUAUUUUAAUUAUGUUUGUUUACAAGGAACAGCGUUCACUAAAGGUUAUGUAACAAUCAAGAAAAAGUAUGUGAGAAAAAUAAUUGUUUUCAUUUUUUACAAUUAAGCUGCUUAAUGGGAAGCAUUUUUCAAAGUCAGGCAGUUUUCCAAUGAGAAGUCUAAAAUAUAAAAUUACUCUUUUAACUAAUGUGCCAAACGUAGCCCAAACCUGACAGAUUGGAUUUUGGUCAAUCAGAAAUCCUUAAUUGCUAGAAUCCUUAGUUGCUACAUCCAUUUUUGGAUGUAUAAAUGAAUGAUAUUGAUUCUUGAAGAAUAUAACUUAUGUCUCAUGAGCUUAGUUCAACUGUCAUACCCCAUCAGAUUCAGAACCUUGCGACAGCAGCCACACUUUAAAUGUUGUAUGAAUUUUUUUAUUUUUAACACCGUUCAAACUGGUCUGGAAUAGUGUGCUUACAUACAACUUUUAGAGUUCUAUUAUACUUUUCAGACUUAA